CCCAGGCGCUUCUUCCGGGUGGGGCCCCGGGCCGAGGAGAUGGCGCCCUGGGCGCUCCUCAGUCCUGGGGUCCUGGUGCGGACCGGGCACACUGUGCUGACCUGGGGGAUCACGCUGGUGCUCUUCUUGCACGAUACCGCGCUGCGGCAGUGGGAAGAGCAGGGAGAGCUGCUCCUACCCCUCACCUUCCUACUCCUCGUGCUGGGUUCCCUGCUGCUCUACCUGGCCGUGUCGCUCAUGGACCCAGGCUAUGUGAAUGUCCAGCCCCAGCCCCAGGAGGAGGCCAAGGAGGAGCAGACAGCCAUGGUUCCUCAAGCCAUCCCCCUUCGGCGCUGCAGAUACUGCCUGGUGCUGUGUUGGGCCCGCAGGGGAGCUGGCAUUGAGCACACCUCCCUCCCUGCCCACAGCAGCCCUUGCGGGCCCGGCACUGCCGGGAGUGCCGUCGCUGUGUGCGCCGCUACGACCACCACUGCCCCUGGAUGGAGAACUGCGUGGGGGAACGCAACCACCCACUCUUCGUGGCCUACCUGGCGCUGCAGCUGGUGGUGCUUCUGUGGGGCCUGUACCUGGCAUGGUCUGGCCUCCAUUUCUUCCAGCCCUGGGGGCUAUGGCUGCGGUCCAGCGGGCUGUUGUUUGCCACCUUCCUGCUGCUCUCCGUCUUCUCUUUGGUGGCCAGCCUGCUCCUCGCCUCACAUCUCUACCUGGUGGCCAGUAACACCACCACCUGGGAGUUCAUCUCCUCGCACCGCAUUGCCUACCUCCGCCAGCGCCCCAGCAACCCCUUCGACCGCGGCCUGACCCGCAACCUGGCCCACUUCUUCUGCGGAUGGCCCUCAGGGUCCUGGGAGGCCCUCUGGGCCGAGGGAGAGGAGGAGGAAGAGGGCGGCAGCCAGGCUGUUUAGGGUCAUGGGAGGGAAGGCCACCAUCCUGUGCCUGAAAACCAAACGGGCUGCACCCAGCUGCGGUCAGCCCUCGGAAAGCCUGGGGUUCUUCACUCCUGCUCGCUCCUCCCAGGCCUCAGAGCAGAGCUGAACGACAGAACCCCUGCCUCAGUGGGCAGUUCUGCCUUCCAAAGGAAGAAGGGGAGGCAGAGGACCUGUGGGGGGCUCAGGCACCAGCAACCUGGGCUUGGAGGCCUCCCACACACCAGGAUGCCUCCAGUGCACAGUUUUAUAAGUUUAAUAAUCCAUAAAGCGAGUCAAGUAUUAAAAAAAAUACCAAACCAA